AUGGCCGCCGCCAUCAGAUCCGCGGUUGGUCGUGGCUCUAUCGCUGCCGCCGCAGCCAUCCCAGCCUCAGUGCGCUACGCUUCGACGAAGAGCUUCUUCCCUAAUGAGCCCGAGGCUCCCGUCGUCAAGACAGCCGUUCCUGGCCCAAACGGCAAAAAGGCCAUCGCGGAGCUCGACCAGGUGUUUGAUACGCGCAGCGUCAACUUUUUGUCCGACUACAGCAAGAGCAUUGGCAACUACAUUGCCGAUCCUGAUGGCAACAUGAUGCUUGAUGUCUAUGCCCAAAUUGCCUCCAUUCCCGUUGGCUACAACAACGCGCACCUCGCACAGGCCGCCUCCAGCCCGCAGAUGGUCAACGCCCUCAUUAACCGCCCUGCCCUGGGCAACUUCCCCUCUAGCGACUGGGGUGAGAUUCUCAAGACGGGUAUCCUCAAGGUCGCCCCCAAGGGCCUCAGCAACGUCUUUACGGCACUGGCCGGCUCUGAUGCAAAUGAGCUUGCCUACAAAGCCGCCUUUAUCUACCGCCGCCAGCUUGAGCGUGGCGGACCGGAUGUGGAGUUCAGCGAGGAGGAGAUCGCCUCGUCGAUGAACAACCAAGCGCCCGGCGCCGCACAGUUGUCAAUCUUGUCCUUCAAGUCGGCCUUCCACGGCCGCCUCUUUGGCUCUCUGUCCACCACCCGCUCCAAGCCUAUCCAUAAGCUCGAUAUCCCCGCCUUUGACUGGCCUCAGGCGACCUUCCCGCUGCUCAAGUACCCUCUUGAGGAGCACGUUGAGGAGAACCGCAAGGCCGAGCAGGCUUCGCUCGACGAGGUCGAGCACCUCAUCCAGAACUGGCACUUGCCACCCGCCGCCGUCAUGGUGGAGCCUAUCCAGUCGGAAGGCGGCGACAAUCACGCGAGCCCCGAGUUUUUCCAGAAGCUGCGAGCCCUGACCCGCAAGUACAACGUUCUCCUCAUCGCCGAUGAGGUUCAGACCGGUGUCGGCGCCACCGGCAAGUUCUGGGCUCACGAGCACUGGAACCUCGAGGACCCCCCGGACAUGGUCACCUUCUCUAAGAAGGCCCAGACAGCCGGCUACUACUACGCUUCCCACGCCCUGCGGCCCAACAAGGCCUACCGUCAGUUCAACACCUGGAUGGGCGACCCUGCGCGCGCCAUGAUUUUCCGCGCCAUCAUCGAGGAGAUUGAACGCCUCGACCUUGUCAACCACACCGCCCGCGUUGGCGACUACCUCUAUGGCAAGCUCGAGACGCUCGCCAAGAAGUACCCCGAGCACUUCAAGAACCUCCGCGGCAAGGGCCAAGGCACCUUUAUCGCCUUUGACAGCCCCAAGCGCGACCAGUUCCUCGCCAAGGCCAAGGAAUUCGGCAUCAACAUUGGCGGCUCCGGCGCGUCUGCUGUUCGCCUCCGCCCCAUGCUGACCCUGCAGGAGCACCACUGCGACAUCCUGGUCGAGGGUAUGGAGAAGAUUGUCAAGGCUCUAUAA